UGCGCUCGGCAAAGGGCUGGACAAAAUGACAAACGAGAAACUUCCGGGUCCACAGUAAUGUUGUAUGUGGAUUACCGGUAAUGCUCAGGAGGUUAGACUACAUGGAGUCUAAUUACCACAGAGCAGCCAAUCCUGCAUUCGAAUUGUCUGCCCCGUCCGUCACUCGGUGUCCUGUGUUCGUUGAUCCGGUGACCCCUCUAGUACGCUUGCAUGCAACAAGAGGCCACGGCCGAGAAGCUGCGUUGAACUUCGCUACGAGUCAGCUCGCUGUCCGUCGAUGAGGUACGCUCUUUCUUCUGAGGGAGCCGUCCUACCUAUGUGAAUGGUUCACAUUUUUCCUUGUUUUGUGGAAAUCCGUGUUUUGCGGUUGUAUCUGGCAGCAGUGCAACCAAACUAUUUCGGACCCGCCGAAACCCGUAUGUCCCGAUUGAGUCGCAAAGGAGCAGUCGACGCCCUAGUCGCUGUGCGGCCAAUAUUUCCCCCUCGAAGAUCUAAUUAGUUGGUCUUUCGAGAGUUGAAAUCCGCCGAGGAUGCAAAAAUGUCUUGCCGCGUGGCGUUCCGAUCUAGGUUGCAUCUGGUACCUGGUUGCGUGUGCGCGGUGCUCCUGGGCGCAGAGCUGCCUCCCGCGCUGCAGACGUACCGUGCAAUUAGUCUCGCCUGCGAGGUAGCUAGUGGAGACGCGGGAUACACAGAAUGCACAGAUGCAUUGGAGCUGGACUCGCAGGAGAUUGGGCCAGUCAGUGAAGAUGGCAGCAAUCUUCAAAACGCAGUUCUUAGGGUGCCUCUUUCCCCGGGGGCCGCCGGGGGGGCCGAGGCGGUCGUGGCGAAGCGGUCGAACGUCAGAAACCGCGGCACGAAUGCACGAUACCCCAUGUCCGACAGGGGCGGAGGAGCCAAAAACUGUCUUCUGUUUCCCGCAUUUCUCUUUUUAGCUCUUGCAGGAAGUGGAGUUAUUGGUUUCUUCAUGCGAAAGCAAGGAACUGCCGUCGUAACGGACCAAGUCAAAGCGGGCCCUCCCCCUGAAGCCGCGAAGCAAAGAAACACGGUAUCUGCCAAGCGAGGGGACAUGGAAGCGAGACAGCAAGGUCCUGAGGAGGUCACAAGACAAGGCGGUGCGGAAGUCGCACCGGGGAAAAAAGUCGGGGACCCUUCGCGGGGUCGCAGGCAGGACGCAAUCUUUGCCGCUGUGCUGUCAGCGGCGGGUCUCUACGGUAUGUGGCUCUCUUUCCGAGACCAUGACAAGGAGUUUUCUCUAAAGUCGUCACUGCCUGUGUUGCCAAAUCUGCACACGCCCCUCAGCGCACACGCGGAUCCCUCCCUCGAUGUAGAAUUGGACGCAUCGGUCGAGGCAGGAGUAGAAGAGCCAGGCGAAGGUGCAGCGCAAAAGGAGGGAGGCAGGGGCUCUUUCAUCGAGGACCUUGCGGCGAUGUUAGAGAGCAAUUCAGAGCAAACGUUGUGCAUGGGUAUGGCUGCAUUAGUUCUUGUCUUCGGGCUUGUUGUUUUCUCGCUGGCGGCUUCUCGACGGUCAAGCGAACAGGAAGAGGCAGAGGACCCACCGUCUCCCUUCGCCAGUGAGCAGCAGAUGGAGCCUGCCGAGGCCGCCACCGUGGAGGAACCCAAGAAGGCUUUCGAUUCAAAAUCCGAGAUGCCAACGGGGGGGCCUUUCGAGGCCGCGUCUGCUGAUGAAGCGGAGCAGGUGCCAGGCGACGACGGGGGCGAGACUGAGAAGACGGACUAAACUUCUCAUGAAACAGAAGUGGAAUCCGUAGAGAGAGGGGAGGCAUAUCCUGCAGUCGCUGGAGUUGCGCGAAAGUCUGGCGGCGUUUCCUCAACGGGCCACACCGCUGAUGUUUGCAAGGACGAAGAGGACCCUGAGGAAAAGAAGGGCCGAACCUUCCGUCCGAGACUGCGUGACUUCAAGCCUUCUCGAACAAAUUAACUUUGCUGCGGGGUGUGCUGGACUCACUCGCAAAGAUUCAAGAGUGCACAUGCUAUAGUCUCAACGCAAGGAAUGCUGCAGUGGUGAACGGGCUUGAGGAGGUUCUCUGGGAGGUGUGGAAGCAACAAGAGCGGGCAGACGGAACGCCUGACACAGGACAGGAGAAAGCGCCAGCGUCAAGGGGCAAGGACAGGGAAGUCCGUUUUUCGAGGAGAUUGAUGAGAUGUACUUGCUAAAGCGGCUCGUGAAAACAAAUGCCGCGACGGCGACGUCACCGGAGACAGGUCCACCCGCUUCGGCGCCGAACUUAGCAGCACUCAGAGGUCUCACGCAGAGGUUGACAAAGUGCAGCAAACCGAAAACGUGCGAGAGAGAGAAGCGGAGCUUCUCGCGUCAAUCGAGUCUUCGCGUACUCAAGCGGUUCGGUUUCUCAGUGAAGAUGUUAAAAGAGCUGAGGCGGAACUGCCACAUUCCGAUGUACACCAUUUGGACGCCGGCACCGAAAAUCUGCGAGCGUCUUGCCACAGUGGCUCAAAAAAUGUAGACACAGAAGGCUUACCCUCUCGACCAAACGGCACGUAGCGGCUUCCAGCAUGAGACGUAAAGUCUUAGAAGAGCGGAGCAUGCUGCAAGCCAACCAACAGGAACUGGAGGAUGAUUUAGAAAAGGCUUAGUAGACGCGUACGGGACAAGAGCAAGCCCUACUAGAGGCAGCGCUUCAGGAGCAUCCCUGCUGAGGACCGGCAGCUGCCUGUUCAACGAACGGUGAGAUGCUAGAGUCGAAAGCGAAAGAAACUCAGUCUGCCCGCAAGCGGUCUGAGUCGAUGCUCCUUCGGAAGCAUUGGCGAUCGGUCACUUCUGAGAUGACACCAUGUUAGACGCUUGGAACAUCGUGGAACGCCAACUCCAAGAGCCAUUGUCUGUAAAGACCUGGGAUGACCCACACGAGCCGGUGAAGAUGCCGGGUGACCUGGGAUUACCCCCCGAUGCCCAAUUUCAAGCUCUGGUGGUCAGUACUGGCACCACGCGGCGAGUGUAAAAUGUGCCGUCCUAUUGCUUGAUGGUAUGGGAUCUUUUAUUUCACAAAUAUCCAGAACGCAGAGAGGUAGUUGUUUCUGCACCCACGUUGGGGA